GCUUAUUACUUCCUCUUUCUUGUGUAUUUUUCCCUAUCAAAUUUAAGCAAGAAAGAACAACUAUUAACUCAAAGUAGAAUACGUACAAGACAAAUAAUGGUUCCCAUAAGGUUAAGUAGCUUUAUAUUUAUGCUCAUGUUUACUUUGCUUGAAGCUAGAGACUCCAUUUUUAAGCACCGCCCUCUUUAUCAUCAAGGGGUUUUGGAGGCGAAAAUCACAAGAAAUGAAAUUAUAGAAGCUAAAGGGAUUCAUCAAAACAUAGUUGCCAAGGAAAUCAAGCCCAUACCUACUAUUCCAGAGGAAGAAGGCAAGAAAAUGAUGUUAAAUGGAAGGAAAUUGGCGUCGAAAGAUGAGUUCAAGAAAGAGAAGCCAAACACGAAAGAAAAGGAGCUAGCUAAGAUGCAAAUGGAUAGUAGGAGUUCAAAGACCUCAGGAAGGAACAGCAGUCCAUCUAGAAUGCAGAGCUCAAAACCAAAACUUGAGGACAAAAAAACCAAGGAGGUAACAGAUGAGCAGACAAGCAAUGCCAGAAAACAGAAAGGGAAAAGUGUAGGAACAACAAAUGAAAGCUUCCAGAAGCUAAAAUCCCAUGAACUUGAAGCUGCUAAUGAGAAGUGGACGACUUUGAUGAACAGAGACUACCCCGGAAACGGUGGUGGUCGCCGUAACCCUCCCACCAACAAUCGUUAG